UGCAAUAUUAGGUACUUCUGGCUUGUCGUAUUGCUGAGAUGUUUAAUUUCCCCGCCAUCAGAUUAGACAUUCUUCUGCGCCUUGCCUGUGUUGUUCCCAAUGAAUGAACAGAAGAAAUUCGUUCAUCCAGUGGUGAAAACGGUUUUGUGUGGCGCCAAGUGAUUUGUGGCGACUAGUGGUAAAAAAAUGAGUGGGCCGUUGCUUUCCCGGGAAAACGCGCCGCAGGAGAGCCGUGGUCCGUCGAGCAAGACCGAGAUGGACCCAGAAACAGAAUUAUACAGACUUUUAGAACUUUUGGAUGGUGGCGGCAAUGAAAAACUAGUUGACGCGUACUUCAGCUUUUUGUUGUUCUGCUCAAAGAAUAUGCACCACUUGCGUCAUCUGCUGACCGCAACUCUUCUUAAGCCUCACUGCCUCCGCCUUUUUAAGGAAUAUCGCAGCAACAAGGAGCGACUCCGCAACGAUCCCCGAUUCGUGCAGUGCAUGAUGUGGUUUGGUUUGUUCCAGCCUCGCAUGUACAAAGAUGUUGUCGACAAAGGCAUUGGCGAUCGAUGUGCUGUUACCUUUGUUAUGUAUGCGAAAAGUCUUGCAAAGCAAGGCGAUUUACCGGCCGCUGUUGGUGCCAUCAAGAAAGGCCUUGAUAACUGUGCCCUACCCAUAUCGUACCUCGAGGAUACAUUGCGAGAGCUUCAAGGAAACAAUUCUUCGACUGCGCUUCAGCCAAAAGAAACUGGCUUAACCGACCACGCAAUAACCCCUGUACAAAAUAUCGUAAUUCCCAUCGAUCCCCAUAUGAGGUACACUGCAGAGGAUCGUGAUUUUGCUCCGGACCAAGUUCGUACAUACGAUUUUCGUGCUGUUUAUCCAGAGUGUAACCCGGAAGAAUUUCAGUUCGAAGAGAGGCGGUUGCACCGUUGGCUAGAAAAGAAAAAAAUCGAAGAAGAGUCGAAAGCCACCCAAAAUGUGCUCAAAGAAAAGACAGAAAUCAUCGAGAGUUUACGUGAAACAAUCGCUAUACUACGUCAAGAGAAAACACUAUUGACCGCCACGAAUAAACGUGACAACGAAAAUAAUAGUUAUACUACUGGGCAUAGGCAAAUGGUUUUAGCCGCAAGCAAACCGUCGUGUCCCGUUUCAUCCGAACAACGCUCGGUGGUCCUCGAUGACAACCGGAUCACGGAAACCUCCGUGGCCUUGACAAGCACCCAAAAAUCUAUCACUGACCGACUCCAUGAAGAACAAAAGCAAGAUACGCAGCAGGGAAACGACGAAGUAUCUUCUUUGUUGAUUAAGAAUUCUCAUCGAGAGAAUUCGAUUCGUUGCGAGUCUACAAUGGCCAUGAACAGUCGUACCGAAAUGAUGACUCGGGAUAUGCGCGAACUGUUCUGGAAUGGAACUCUCAAUUCCACAAACAUGGCGCCGAGUGCUGAGGCAACGCCAUCGAAGGCCGCACACGAGGACCGCAGCACUGGUAUGGAAGCAAAUUCAAGUGGUGUGUCGCACUCGGAACGGCAACAGGAUAGACUUCAGGUCUUUGAAGAAAAUGUCGCUGCGCCAUGUCUACACUCAGUCACUUCGACCGUGAAUAAGAUCGCCGUAUUCGAAGAAAAUGAUGGUGGAGCUAAAAGAAAAGCGGCGGAGAUAAUCGCACCCGCUAAACGUUUUGCCGCAUGUGCUGAUGAAAACCAGGCAGGUCCUUCUAAUCGGCAGGCGGACCUGCUUCAGCAACCCAAACUGAAGGUCUUCGACGAAAACCCCAAUCCAUCAUUAUCUGCGAAAGACGAUGAAGACAAGGAGAAUAUCGCGCCAAAAGGGUACCAACAGCCGCCCCCACAUUCACGACGCCUUAGCGGUGUUCUUGUUGACGCCGAAGGAUUUGAGACUGCUCCACAGCAGUCACUCGAAGAAUCGGAAGAAUCAUUGGCCCCUUCACCAGCUAGCUCUGAUGUGCCUGUAGUUGAUGAGGACCUUGGUGUAGGACCUUUGGAAGCUGCUGAAGAGCCACCUGGAAGAUUCAACGCGUCGACGCCGACUAAGAAUACGCCCGGCGCCCAUGAGGUGACCUGGCGGGUAACCGAGGUCCUCCGGGGAAAUAUACUUCCUCCUAUGAUGCUUACUGAAGGAGAUGGGGAGACUUGUCCAUCGCCCGGGGAAGGCUCAGGCAAGCGAAUGCCGAUACACUCGAGUGUGCGGCACCUUAGUACCAUCCUUGAGGCAAGCAAGGAGUCAGGGUCGUCUGGAAGCUCAAACUCUCUGGGUACACCGUCGCUGGCGAGGCCAGCAUUUGCUAUUUCACAAUGUGACGACAGCAUGUCGGCUAGUCAGUUAGACCCAAUUCUGUCAGAUCCUUUUAACCCCGCCCAUAGAAACAAAGUUAUUCUGGGCAGCAAAAUCGUUUAUGAGACAGUUACAGGAAAUUUGCCGCACAUGAAAAAGAAGACAAGAAUACAAUACCGAGGAGGGUAUAGCGCAACAAUUGUUAAAAUGAUUGGCGAGGGCGGAUUUGCGAAGGUGUAUUUUGCUCAGCGAGAACUGGACGAUGAGGAAGAUGCUAUGAUAAACGGUUACAAUGAGCCGACCACAUGCAUAGUUCGCGACGAUCAAGCGGCCAUCAAGAUCACUAAGGAGAUUACAGCCGGGCUGUGGGAAUUUUACAUUCUCAAUACUGUAUCUUCCCGAUUAACGCGAUUGGCCGGCCAUCCCUGCAUUCGCAAGAGUAUUCCAGAACCACAUUGUGCGGCUUAUUAUCAAGAUGGUUUUCUGAUCAGUUUACCCUUUCUUCCGUACGGCUCACUAUUGGACCUCGUCAACAGUUUUGAAAAGGCGGUACCCGAGGAACUAGCACGUUACUUUGUGCUUGAGCUUAUGAUUAUAAUAAUGCGAUUACACGAGACUGGCAUCAUUCAUGGCGACCUAAAACCGGAUAACGUACUCUUCCGUAAGGUGCCUACAAUGCAUAUGGUUAACGAACUACGCCAAAAGACCCAGUGCAUUUGCUUGAUCGAUUUUGGCCAGGCAAUCGACGUGAAGACAUUCCCGGCGGGUACGACAUUUUCCCGCGUCGUGCUUCGAGAAUCACAUCGCUGUGCUGCAAUGCGUGAAGGCCGGGAUUGGCUCUACGAUUUUGACUGGUUUGGCGUAGCGAAUUGUGCACACACGCUACUGUUCGGUGAAUACAUCGAAAUAGAAAAGAAACCUAGUGGUGAUUACGGCAUUAAGCGCCGCAUACCCCGAUACUGGGCUAAUGAUUGGUGGGACGAACUGUUCUCAAGUUUGCUAAAUAUGAAUACGACGACGUCGCUGCCCGGUCAACCAGAUAAUCCUGUGAAAAAAAUAAUCGAGCUUGGCGGGGAUACUCUUUGUGACAGAAAGUCAGCUACAGCAUUAUCACUCAAACUAAUCAAUCUUAAUACGAUGAUGUCUAGCAAAAGGCGCCCAUAGUCUGUUAUACGUAAAGUAUAUACUGCAAAAAAUAUAUAUUACUGUCGAUUCAUUGGGGACCAGAAGCUCGUGGGUCUUAUAACAGGUUUUUGUCAGACCGUGUUGUUCAGGACGACCGUAUAUUCGAAGUUGGAUUGUUAUAAAAAUUUAAUAAUCUAAAAAAAACAGUAAAAGAAUACUAAUCAACAAGGUAUUUACCGGAAAAAGCGAUUUCGGAACGAUUUAAAGGGAUGUACUUCCCCGUUGUGUGAAUAGUAAGUGGUGGAGAAAAAACCCAAUUUGGACAACCUUAUAGUUUAUUCGUGAAGGGACGAAAAAACGUCAUUUAGGAAAUACUAAAAAAUGCAGAAUCAAUUCUGUUACAUAAUUAUAUGAAAGAUGACAUAUGCCUAAAUAAAAGGUAUACAGUGACCCCUAUUAAUACUAAUCUGAUUUCUCGUCACU